AUGCUAUUCGUCGCUUUCACAGCCCUUGCCUUUGGCGUCUCGUCAGCGAUCGCAGGUCCCUUCAACCGAACCACUCUUUGUGCUUCUACCCCCAGUGCCGCCGAGAUUGCAGCUGCAGAAGCACAUUUUGUAUCCCACCAAAUUUCGGCCAAGACUGGUGCAAACGCAAAAUUCGCCGCAUCUAUCCCAGUCUACUGGCAUGUCGUCCAGUCUGGUACCGCUUUGAGUCAAGGAAGUAUCCCUACCUCUCAGAUCGCAGACUCUAUUCGGGUUCUUAACGAGGAUUAUGCGGGCACAGGCCUGACAUUUACUCUUGCGGGAACUGACCGUACCACCAAUGCUAAUUGGUUUCAGCGGGCGGCCCCGAGCACUACCUAUCAAACUGCGAUGAAGCAAGCGUUAAGAAAGGGCAAUGCAGCCGCAUUGAAUGUUUAUACAGUUGGCUUCACCAACGUGGCCACGAGCAACCAAGGUCUCUUGGGAUACGCUACCUUCCCGUCUUCCUACUCCCGCGCACCCACCGAUGAUGGCGUUGUUAUUCGCUACUCUACCGUCCCUGGAGGUUCCGCUUCACCUUUCAACUUGGGAAGGACUCUCACCCACGAAGUUGGGCACUGGGUUGGGUUGUACCAUACUUUCCAGGGCGGCUGCAGCGGUUCCGGUGACUUUGUCAGCGAUACCCCUCCUCAAUCCGACACCGGUAAUGGUCCCACCUCUGGCUGCCCUGCCGGCAAAGAUACCUGCUCUGGCGGAGGAGUUGAUCCCAUUCAUAACUUCAUGGACUACAGUGAUGACGACUGCAUGACCGAGUUCACUGCUGGGCAGACCACCCGCCUUAAGGCUCAGAUGUCUACCUACCGUGGUGUUUCAGCCUAA